UAAAUUCACAUAUUUAUGUAUGUGUCUCACUUUACAGCAAUGGGAGGAGCCUUUCUUUCUAAGCCAUGGAAGGAACUGCCAAAAACGAAUCUGGACAAUCUGAAGUUUGUGAAAUCGUAUAAACCUCGCAACAAAGAAGUCAAACAACUGAGAUGUCUGCUUUAUGGACCAGUUGGCGCUGGAAAGUCAAGUUUCAUCAACUCAGUUGACAGUGUUUUACAAGGCAGAGUUACCGAUCGAGCCACUACAGACGCAAUAUCUGGGAGGAGCUUUACAGAAAAUUACAAAACUUACAAAAUCGAGAAAGAUCCAGAGAGCUAUUACUCUUUCAUUUUCAAUGACAUCAUGGGCUUAGAAGAACGUAUUAACAGUGGAGUCUGUGAGGAAGACCUGGAAAUGGCCCUGAGAGGACACGUGAACGACGAUUACAAGUUCAAUCCUGAAAGUAAAUUGAUGGAGAGUGACCGAGAAUUCAACUCAAGUCCCACACUGAAAGACAAAGUUCACGUUUUGGUUUGUGUUGUUCCUGCCAGCUCAGUAUCUUUGAUAAGUGAAGAUACUGUAAAGAAGAUGAGAAAGGUCAGACUGGCAGCCAGUAAAAUGGGGAUUCCCCAACUGGCCAUUCUCACCAAAGUUGAUGAAGCCUGUCCUGAGGCUGCAAAAGAUGUACACAAUAUCUAUUGGAGCAAAUACCUGAAGGAAAAGGCUGACGAUUUCAACACGUUGCUGGGCCUCUCACUCAACCGCAUCUUUCUUGUGAAGAACUACAACUCAGAAUCAGAAACAAAUGAUGCCAUUGACGCUCCGAUUCUGUUGGCCCUGAAACAGAUGCUUCACUCUGGCGAAGACUUCCUCAACAACCUGUAGACAUGCUCCUGCUGAGGCACUGCAGCUGAUGGGAAAAUGACUUUAAAAACAGGUUUUUAAACUAAUGAGCAUGAUAUUCUGCGAUGAUUUUUUUCCUUCAAGCAUGUUAUGUUCUUUAUAUUCAGACUUCAUUAACACAUCUUAGUUGAGUCUGACAUUUUUCUUGUUGCACUCACAGAAGUGUGCUUGUGUCCAAGGAAACUCAAAGACUGCUAAAUUAAUUAAAUAUAUACAUAAAAAUAAUAAUACACAAUAUUUACAAAAGUUGUAUAUGUGCAUAGAAUGUGUUACAUGCCAAGCAUGGCAGUGCUUGUUUUUCUCUCCUGCUUUUCUCUCUCUCCCGACAUGUGAGGUUUUAACUGGCCUGUUCAUUGGUUUCUCCCUUUCUCAGCUGACCUAUCACCAUUCAGGGCCCUGUAUAAACAGAGACACUCUCAUGAUCACAUUUGUUUAAAAGGUUUGUGGUGGACGGUAGGGCUACAGGUAAAUUGGAAAUGAAAAUGAAAUUGGCAUCAAAGAGUAAAUGGAGCGUUAUGAGUUCAGAGAUGAAAGUCCUGUUUUCAUUGACCCAGAAAUAAAAGUAUAUUUAGCAGCGUCAGCAGGAGUUAAGUGACGGACUGAAGCAGAGCUGUUCAAGCUGUGUGACCUGAGUCCCACUGAAAUAAAGUUGAAAUGCAUCGAUAUGAUAAGUAACAGCUAGAAGAUUGAUGACUGUAAGAACGUCAUGGUGAAUUUUCCAUCACUGAUAUGGCUAGAAAAAUACGUGACAUAGCAGAUGUUGUUUAAGCACUUUGAGAUUGCUUUUAGCAAGGAAAAGUGCUCUAUAAAUGAAAUUUAUUAUUAUUAUUAUUAUUUUUAUGUUGCACUGGCAUGUUUUCUGCUGAUGCUGUAUCAAUGCACCUUUGUUCAUCGCAAUAUUAUACAACAUGUAGCAUCUUCUCUGGCGUGUGCAGCAGCUUACCACUAAGUGUGUUACAGGCGUACCCGUUCGCUGAGUUUUGCCUUCAGCUCGUCCAUACCACUAACUAAAGGAUCACCCACAUGACCUUCUGUUGUUACAUAACUAUAUGCAAUUGUGACACAAUUUGUUUGCGUUGUCAUAUAGACUUGCAGGAGUUUCUUCAGGUGUUGCAUGGUGAACUGUGGCAGCCAAUGGGAUGUGCCUGAAUUAACAAGUGAUGUGCAUGUGAGUUCAAGUGAGCAUAUGUUAAUAAAGGACUAAGUUCUAGUCUGAGCAGAA